AUGAAAACAAGCUCACCUUGCCUCGAAACCCAUCUUUGCAAGGGCACAAGUAUCGAAUCUAGACGUCCUCGAAGAGCGUAUUUUCUCGAAAGCUCCACGGAAUCGAUCUUUGGUAAUUCGAUCGAUACUUUAAAACCAGGAAAAGGUCAAUUUGACACCGAGAAGUUUCUCGCAGCUUUUGACACAGUCUUGCAAGGCAUCGGCCUGCGGGUCGCUUUGGGAAAGUUUGCUUUUCUGCAAAGCCUAGACAAGUUUUGGAAGAAGGCUCGUGACGAGGUUUACAUAUUUGUCGACCAGCAAAUCGAAAGAGCGAUAGAAGAGGCAGCAAAGGCGAAAAAAACUUCCAGUCCUACCAAUUCUCCAAGCCCAAACAGACGAAUUGUUCUUUUAGAUGAGCCAUUUAAAACGACACAAGACCGCAUUUCUCUUCGCUUGCAGUUGCUGAAUAUCUUUAUUACUGCAGGAGAUCAAACUGCGAUUGCUGUUGAAAACAUCUUCUUUCACUUGGCAAGACACCCUGAAGUGUGGAGGCGGCUUCAGAAUGAAGUUUCGAACUAUGAUGGACCUCUGACCUACGAGUCUUUAAAGCAAAUGAAGUAUUCAAAGGCCAUUGUGAAUGAAAGUAAGUUCAAUUCUCAGAUUAUUGCCCCUUUGAUGAUGGUGUUAACUCAAUAUGCCAAAGGUCUACGGAUACUUGCACUUUUCGGAAGGAGUAUACGAUCAUGUGGCAAAGAUUGCAUCUUAUCUACUGGAGGAGGAUCAGAUGGAAAAGAUCCAGUAUUAUUUGUUCGUGGAACCGAAGUCAAUUACGUAUUUAGAUCUAUGCAUUUGGAUAAGGAUAUAUGGGGCGCGGAUGCUGAUGAGUUCAGACCAGAGCGAUGGGAGAAGAUUGAAAAAGCGCAACUUCAGGCGUAUAUACCGUUUCCUAAGGGAGAUCGAGUUUUUUCUGCACAGAAAAUGGUGCUCAAUGAAUGUGUUUAUAUCUUAGUGAGGUUUGCAAAAACGUUCAAGAGUUUAGAGAACCGUGAUCCCAAGGAAAAGUUUGUGGAACAGCAUAAAUUGCAGAAGGAGAGUAUGAAUGAAGUCAAGGUCUCCUUUGGUUUAUGA